CCCAGGAUCCCCUGCGGCGGGGGCGGGACAGCCUGCGGGGGCGUGCCAGAGGCUGCCGGCAGCGUGCUAGUGUUUGUGUGCAUCAGGAGGCGGCUGAGGAGAUUGGAGCUAGAGCCGGGACAUACGAGUGUCUGCCGCGAUGUCCGUGCAGGUAGUGACAGCGAAGAUGGCAGACGUGGAGCUGAAGGAAGCGCCCAGGGAGACGACGACGACUGAAGCGGCUCUAGCGACCCCGAACCCCGCUGUCCUGAAUAACGAGCCCGACAACAACACCGCCGUGUCUCCGCUCAGCCAGCCGGUGAAGGGGGUCCCAGCCUCUGCCAUGAAGAGGACUGACCCGGCGCAGCGCCCAGGGGAGGGAGCCAGCAGCCCCGAGGGCGCCGUCAGCGAGGCCCCUCGUACAGUGAAGAAGCAGAUCCAGUUUGCGGACCAGAAGAGAGAAUUUAAUAAACGCCCAACAAAGAUUGGACGGCGCUCUUUGUCUCGCUCUAUAUCCCAAUCCUCAACUGAUAGUUACAGCUCUGCUGCUUCCUACACAGACAGCUCAGAUGAUGAGACCUCUCCGCGGGACAAACAGCAGAAGAACUCCAAGGGCAGCAGCGAUUUCUGUGUCAAAAACAUCAAGCAAGCUGAAUUUGGCCGUCGGGAGAUUGAAAUUGCUGAGCAAGAGAUGCCUGCAUUGAUGGCUUUGCGCAAGAGAGCACAAGGAGAAAAACCAUUGGCUGGAGCCAAGAUUGUUGGCUGUACGCACAUAACUGCGCAAACUGCGGUCCUCAUUGAGACAUUGGGAGCUUUAGGAGCUCAGUGUAGAUGGGCUGCCUGCAACAUCUACUCUACUCUUAAUGAAGUGGCUGCAGCCUUGGCUGAAAGUGGUGUUCCAGUCUUCUCUUGGAAAGGGGAAUCAGAAGAUGACUUUUGGUGGUGCAUUGACCGGUGUGUAAAUGUGGAGGGUUGGCAGCCCAACAUGAUUCUCGAUGACGGCGGAGACCUCACUCACUGGAUAUAUAAGAAAUAUCCUAACAUGUUCAAGAAAAUAAAGGGCAUUGUGGAGGAAAGCGUCACUGGUGUGCAUCGCCUGUACCAGUUGUCUAAAGCUGGAAAGCUUUGUGUUCCUGCCAUGAACGUCAAUGACUCUGUCACCAAACAGAAAUUUGACAAUUUGUACUGCUGUCGCGAGUCCAUCCUCGAUGGUCUGAAACGAACAACAGACAUGAUGUUCGGGGGCAAGCAGGUAGUGGUGUGUGGCUAUGGUGAGGUUGGUAAGGGAUGUUGUGCUGCUCUUAAGGCCAUGGGAUCCAUUGUGUAUGUGACAGAAAUUGAUCCAAUCUGUGCCCUGCAGGCUUGCAUGGAUGGCUUCAGGCUUGUCAAGCUCAAUGAGGUGAUCAGACAAGUGGAUAUUGUCAUCACGUGCACAGGGAACAAGAAUGUGGUGACUAGAGAACACCUGGAUCGUAUGAAGAACGGCUGCAUUGUCUGCAACAUGGGGCACUCCAAUACUGAGAUAGAUGUGGCAAGCCUGCGCACUCCUGAACUGACAUGGGAACGAGUGCGCUCUCAGGUUGACCAUGUCAUUUUUCCUGAUGGCAAGAGGAUUGUUCUUCUGGCUGAGGGACGACUGCUUAACCUGAGCUGUUCUACUGUUCCCACUUUUGUGCUAUCCAUUACUGCCACAACUCAGGCACUCGCACUCAUAGAACUCUACAAUGCUCCUGAGGGGCGAUACAAGCAGGAUGUCUACCUUUUGCCUAAGAAAAUGGAUGAAUAUGUGGCAAGCCUCCAUCUGCCCACUUUUGAUGCCCAUCUGACUGAACUUUCUGAUGAGCAGGCCAAAUAUCUGGGUCUCAACAAGAAUGGUCCUUUUAAACCAAACUACUACAGGUAUUGAGUGCAUAUGAAGACUGCACACCAGAAGCUGCUGGAAGAUGAGAAGAUUCUGGAUUAAAUCAAAUGAAAUAUGAAGCCUUUUGCAGCCACUGUACAGCCAGCUCUUACUACAAGACUUGGACUUUCUGCCAUAUUAGCAAACAUUCUACUAGGGUAUUUAUUAAAGUGAAGAUGCCUAGAAUAUACGGUCUGUGCGAAUUCACAGAUUGUUUUUUGGGGGGGCUUGUUCUUAGGUCUCUGACAAGUCCCUCCAGAUUUAUGCUGUACUUAUCCGUUAACACUGCUCAUCCCAGCAGCACAUGGGAAGGGGAACAAGUUAACAAGCGUGAAUCCUGCAAAUUAUUUUGCAUUAACUUGCAUUUUUAUUUUCUCUUUUAAUAUUGAUGAUUCUAAAGGAUGUGAAGAGCGGAUGUCUUAAUGAAAACUGUAAAGUGACUUAAA